CCGGAUCGGUCAAUUGCGGUGGCCACGGGCCGGCGACACGUACUCGAUGGGCAGCCCCGACAUCAUCAAGACGUUCCACGUGGAUACGGCGAAAAAGCGAGUGAAAGAGCUCGUGAAGGAAACCCAAGCGAUAGUACCGGAGGGCACUGGCGGCGAACUCCGUUUGUCGGACCAUCGUCUGGACGACCAUUUCAGUGUCCAUGUGAGUCUUGCCGUGGAAUGGAAUGCGGUGCUGUUGACCGUGCUGGAUGUGUCGUUCAACAAGUUCUCUGACGGACUCGCCCGGGGCUUGGGGGGCAUGUCCGUGCAGCUUCCAUCUCUGCAUACCGUCAACUUGUCCAACAACAACUUUGCAGACGCCAGCAGCGACUCUUUAAUACGGUUCCUCGCCAAAGCUCCGGCGCUCGCACAUGUCGAUCUCUCGUUGAACCACUUGGGCAAGAUGUGCGCCAAACACCUCUCCACCGCGCUCCCCCCCGUGAGCCUGAAAUCGCUCGUAUCGUUGAAUCUGUCGUCCAACAAGCUUCUCGACGACGGGUGCGACUUGAUCUGCCACGCCCUUGCAACACGAAAGAAUGCCGUCCAGACCCUCACCCUUUCAAUGAACCAGUUGACGGAUGCCGCCAGCGUCGGCCUCGCCCACAUGGUGGCCGUGUCGUCGAUCCGCGAGCUGGCCGUGUCGGGCAACUGCAUUGGCGACCAUGGUGCAAGUGCGAUUGCGUUCGCGAUGGACAAGAGCGCGACUUUGAACACGCUGUAUUUGGAUAGCAACACGAUUGGAAAGUCUGGGGCGUUUACAUUUCUCAACGUGUUGCGGUCGAACCCGAGCAAAACGUACCGAGUCCUGUGCCUGAACGACAACCCAGCCGACGCUGCUUUGCUUGCCCAAGUCGCCCAGAAGCGACUCAGCCAAGUGCUUCUCGCUUGCUACCCAAGCUGCCCUGAAGACGGCGUGAUGGACCUUCACGGCCCCCAUCUUCAUGAGCUCGUAGACGCUUACAUGGACGACGCCCUGUGCAAUACGGCAGUUCGCAUGCUUCGUGGCUUUCCACAGUUGGUCGACGUCAACUUCAGCAGCAACGCCAUCGGGGAUUCGGGGGCACUUGAUAUUGGCCUAUACCUGGCAUUGAACCCUUCGGUCACCCGGCUGAAUGUGUCGGGCAACUUCAUAGCAGACACUGGAGCGCUCGGGCUCGCCAAGGGCUUACUCGUCAACAGUUCGCUGACCGAGCUACACGUGGGCCACAACCGCAUAGGCGACGCGGGGGUCGCGAGCAUUUAUGCGACGUCGUUCGACAACAAAAAGAGCGUUCUGUCGACGAUUCACGUCAAGGGCAAUCUCCACUCGACAGAAGGCGACACGACCGUCCAUGCCAUUGUUCAGUCCAAAGCCCUUGCCCAACGGCUGCGAGGAGGUACACCUGCCGUCUUGGAUCUUGCGGGUAUGGGCCUCCGUCGGUUUGGUGCCGACGUGUUGGCAGAGCAUUUGAACGGCAGGGUGGACACCUCGGCGGUGUCCAUGACAUGCGAAGUCGUAAAUCUGUGCCGAAAUGCCCUCGGCGACGACGGUGCCAAGAGCAUGGCGUCGCUCCUGAUGUCCAACACGACCAUCGUAAAACUCGACCUGAGCUGCAACGGCAUUGGAGACAGCGGCGCGAUCGCGUUGGCCGCCAUGUUCCGCGUCAACACAACCCUUCGAGCAGUAAACUUGCGGGCGGCGUACGGGGCAUCGCCUUCGACGUCCCAAGUUAUCUCCGAGGCCGGUAUGCUCGAACUGAGCGCGGCCAUGCAAGUGAACACUGGCAUCCAAGUGCUCGACGUGCGAGACCAUUGCGCCAAUUCCCGCGUCGUUGCGUCGUGGGUGCACAUGUUGCAGCACAACACGGGGCUGCAAAAGUUUAACGGUGGCACCCCCGCGUCGUUCCUGGCUCGCCACGACGUCCACCACCAAGGGAACUGAUGCCACCGGAUCGACGGCGAAUUGAGGACAGAAAUAUGGACGGUACGAAAGGAACUAAGCGGCCAGCUCCUUUGUGCAUGAGGGGUUUCGAGUGCACGUUAUUCAACGAUUUUGUGCUUCCCCC